AUGCUUACCGUGACUAGCGAUGUUCUACGACGGCAUUUCCAAACGUGCAAGCAAAAAGGAGACUGCCCCGCUCCAGGUCAAGCCGAGCCGGGAAGAAGGCGAACGGCCUGCAAUGCCUGCGUCGAGGCAAGAUUAUUCUGCGAUGGAGAAUACCCGUGCGAGACAUGCCUGCAUAGGGGUAUACACUGCUCAUUUACUCACAUACAAGAGCCUUCCGGGCCUGUGACUCGCACAAGACCGACUGUGGGAUCGCCGCAGUCGGAUCGGAUACCGGGUCCUGCCAAAAUGGCCAUUCCCUUUCUGUUGCACUAUGCAGAUACAGGGAGUGACUCCGAGUUAGGGAGUCUUCGUCUCCUCGCCCAGUGUGGCUCUGGGAACUGUACUAUCGAUCAUCAAUCGAACGAUGAGAACAUGUUCGAGACGUGGGAGAGCCUGUUCAACUCGUUCAUCAACCCCUCCACAUUGGGCCCUUCAUGCGGCAUACCAGCCGGUCCGACAGAUAGGUUCAGCUCAGAACUACUAGAAAACACCUCGACUCGGCUAUUAUCCCUACUCGCAAGUUCCGAUCGCAGCCCCCCUGACCGAGAUCCCCCGGACCUGCAUAAAGCCGAGCAACUGUUGUCGCCUAGGAAUAUUGGCAACGCUCUGGAAGCGCUGCUUGAUAAUCCGUUCAAUGCCCAUUUCUUCCAUGCCGCCUCGUUUCAUCUGAACACAGCCUCACCGCGUCUCAUUCUAACCAUGGUGCUCUUGGGAGCAACUUACAUCACCCCGCAGAACACAACCGACUUGGCACAGUACUCGGAGGUUGCUGAACAUCUCAUUUUCGAUGACCCUGAAUUCCAGGUUUUGGUACACGGGCAGAACCACCUACCCGAGCAUCGCAUCCUAGAGAUCCUUCAAUCCGCACUAUACGCCAUGUACCUCCAAACCAACCACGACAACCCCACCAGCAUCCGGAGACUCCGCAUGCAACGAUUCCCAGCUGUCAUCACAGCAAUCCGCACACUGAACCUGACCACCAUCACCAACGACUCGGCCCCCAGUUCCUCCACUUGGGAAUCCCAUCUCCUACAGGAGGGUCUAGUCAGAGUAAUGGCCGGCAUCCACCUCUUCAACUACUACUGCAUCAUGUUCUACCGCCACCCCACGCAACUCCGAAUCACAGAAACGACGUUCGAAAUUCCCCAACGGGACGAUCUCUUCCAUGCUCGUGAUGCGGCGGAAUGGGAGCGUCUAUACCCCAUGAACCUGGACGAUCGGGCCCCUGAUACCAUGCGCCUGCACACGGUGCUCCGGGAAUACAUGCGCGCGGACCACACUAACCACGAUCAGGGCCACUACCCGAGGACGUUAUUAGGUCUCUUCCUCGUUCUAUCCGGUCUACAUUCCAUCCUCUUCGACCUACUCCCCCUCCACACCAUCACCAACGAUCCAUGUAUAUUCCACCCGGUUGAGCGAGGUCUAGAUCGCUGGAAAUCCCACUGGGAUUUAUUAUGUAGUGAUAUCGAGCCCGCGCGUGCCCAACGGGCGGGGUUUAUCAUUCAUGCGGUGGAGUAUUGGUGGGUUGCGAAGGCGCUGAUUCGGUGUCCGGCGGCGGGGUUGCUUGAGGGACGGGAUGAUGGGGAUACGAGGGAUGGGUUUCGGGGGAUGGUGGAGAGGUUAGGGGUGGGGGGAGGUGGUUGUGUUCGGUCUGGAUGA